AUGUCGUUCGACCGCCUCGUUCGGUUUGCGCCCAAAGGUGACGACAGCAAGGUUCUUCUCGGCGAGCCCGCUGACGUCUCUAUCGACGUCGGCGCUGCGGUGCGCAAAGGUGAAGAUGUUGAGGUGAAGGUGUACAGUGGAACCUCUGUACUAGACACCGGGUCACCGACUGGCGAGACCGCCGUCAUCGGACGCAUCCUGUCGCCCCUGACCCAGCAGGAGGUCGGGACCAUCCGGUGUAUUGGGCUAAACUACAAGAAGCACGCUGAAGAGGCAGGGAUGAGCAUCCCCGAGAUUCCGACCGUCUUCCUCAAGCCCCAAACCUCCCUCGCCGACCCAUACCCUGCCCCAACCAUCAUCCCGAAGCACACCAUCGCUAGCGACUCGGCUGACUAUGAGUCCGAGCUGGCAAUCGUAUUGGGGAAGGACGCCAAGAACGUAUCGGAGGCCGACGCCCUCGAUUAUGUGUUAGGCUACACGGCUAGCAACGACAUCUCUAGCCGUGCAUCGCAGUUUGCCCAGACCCAAUGGUGCUACUCCAAGGGAUUUGACGGCGCAUGCCCCAUCGGUCCGGUGCUUGUGAGCAAGAAGCUAGUCCCGGACGUCGGUAAGCUGAAGCUUCGCGGGAUUAAAAACGGCAAGGUGGUGCAGGAUAGUGGGCUGACGGAUCUUAUUUUCUCUGUCGAAAAAAUUGUCAGCUUCCUCUCGCAGGGCACAACGCUGCCUAAAGGCACAGUCAUCAUCACGGGUACGCCGGCUGGUGUUGGUUUUGCACACAAACCACAGGAACUAUUGCACGACGGGGACGAGUUCGUGGUGGAGAUUCAGCCGCAUAUUGGGAGUCUGUACAACGUCCUACAGAACGAGAAGUAA